CGCAGUCUGGGCAUACCACUUCUCCACUUUCUCACGGUAAAGAAAUUCUACGAGGUUCUGAGGAGUGAGGAGUAGGUCAGCUUGUCACGUUACAGAGGUGGAGCAAGGACAACUGAGAGGCAGGAUGACGGGCGUAGCAAGGUAUCUUGGCGUCCUGUUGGUAGCAUGUGCAGUUUCAGGCGCAUACGCAGGACGCGGCGCCCAAAUGCGGAAUCUGCAGGCGAAGAGCGAGAAUGUUCUCACUGUUGAGCAGGCGUACAACGACCAGGUUGACCAGCUGGCAGAGAUGAUUUCUUCAGUCUUCAUGGUGCACCACGGCAGCAACCUGCAGGCCUUCCAAAGCCUGAAUGUAUCCCAAGUUGUCCUGGCUGCCGAGAUGGGCCUGGUCGCCUUCUUCGAAUCAGUGGAGAAUUACAUCAAAGGCACCAUUGGCCUCGUCACAAACCUGCCCGAGAACCUUGCAGGCCUCCCUAAGAACAUCUCCGACGCGCUCGCCCCAGAGAACCAGCCGGACGCCACCCAGCUGGCCAACACCACCUACCUCAUGGAGCAGUUUGAGGAACUGGUGGCCGGCCUUGAGAACCCCGCCGCUAUUGCCGGCAGUGGCGCUGUCUUCUCCUAUGCGCCAUGCUUCGUCAACUUCGCACCCGCAGCCGUGGGUGUGUCCGCCACCGGUAUCAGCAUCGCCCCCUCUCUGGCCGUGAUCACCCCCGAGGGUGUCAACAUCCAGCCCCAGGGACUCAACAUCCAGCCCGUGCUCAUCACCAUCUUCCCUGUCGGCGUCAACGUGCAGCCCCAGGGACUGAAUAUCGCGCCCGCCCUGAUCGCCGUGACCCCCGGCCGCGUGUCCAUCAACCCCCAGGGAGGCACCAUCGGCCCUGCCCUCAUCUCCGUCUCCGCCGAGCAGCCAUAGAUCGGCUCUUCUCUGCGCGCACACUCGAGCAGUCACAGCCGGGCAAUAUGCGCGGCGCAGUCUGCCGUGGUACCCUGCACUCUGCCCUGCCAUGUGUGCUUGACAGGCACAGUAGUCAUGACAUCUGCCACCCAAUAAUAAAGCGUUACAAACAUUCAUUCUCUGACGGCGGGUCAAAGCCGGAGGCAGGUUGCCACCUGCGAAUGGCUGGCUCGCAGAGUCUCUGUGUGCAUUUCCCACCAUCCUGUUUUGGCUGGCAGGGGAAGUGCCUGAUGGAUGGCCUGUGGCUUGGACGGAUCAAGGGUGCUUUGGAAGUGUGAAUAGGUUCGGGAUUGAUUUCUGUGCCUGGCUGCUAUGUAGUUGCUGACCCCGCAGCUUUGCCAGCCACGGUAUUUCAUUCAGAGGGUGUAAUUGCAACGUACGUGAAGCCGCACUUGGUUUGAAGUCAGGCUGGUUUGGUGACAUUUCAUGACUGGAUGGGGAAAUACUAUUUGACUGGGUUGGGGGUGACUAUUUUUGACUGACUCAACAAGGGAGGUCCCUUGACAUGCAAACGCGCACACUGUGAGAGCCAGGCUCACUGCUUCUGGUCGAUUUGACCCUCCAGUUUGUUGCAUUUGCCGAAUGCAAGCUAUUUAUAUUCGCACUGAAUAUGUAACAUAUAUUCUGGGGUC